AUGUCUGGGAGUAAUGACACCGGAGAGGACGGCAAGGUGCCGGCGUCCCACGUGGAACUAGCCCUUACAAUGUCACAGAAAGCGGGGAGUGACGAUACACACCAAGUGGCAUUGGAGAACCUCCAAACUGCCGGUACCGAUGUUGUGUUUGAGCUGCAGGCCGGCAUGAUCAACCAGGCGAUCCAAACUAUUGGGAUGGGCAAGUACCAGUGGCAUCUCUUCAUCAUGGCGGGCUUCGGCUGGCUCAUAGACCAGCUCUGGUCUGCGUCCAUCUCCAACGCCCUGAGCAUCAUGGCCAUGGAGUUUAACCCUGAGCGACCGGCUUUCCUCGUGGUCUCCUUGUCAACAGGCUUGACGCUCGGCGCAUCGUUUUGGGGCGUCGGAGCCGAUCUGAUCGGGCGGCGUUGGGCUUGGAACCUGACGCUCCUCAUCGCGUGCGUAUCUGGUUUGUGUAUUGGCGCAGUAAAUAGCUGGGUGGCGGCGUGCUCCCUGGCUGCUGUCUGCGGUUUCGGUAUUGGUGGCAAUCUACCCGUUGACAGUACCGUAUUUCUGGAGUUCCUCCCAGGAACGCACCAGUACCUCCUGGAGAUUCUCACUAUUUGGUGGGCGGUUGGCCAGUUCAUUCCUGCGUUUGCGUCGUGGGGAUUUCUGCCAAACUUCUCUUGCAGCGAGUCGACCCCCGCCGGGGAAUGCCGGAGAGAGGAUAAUAUGGGAUGGAGAUACCUCUUUUUCCUUAUGGGCGGCCUGACCCUGAUAGGUUGGAUCUGCCGUUUCUUCCUCUUCAAGCUUUACGAGUCUCCGAAGUACUUGGCCAGUCUCGGCCGAUAUGAGGAGGCAAUCGAAGUCCUCAACGCCAUUUCCGAAUAUAACGGCGGCCCGGAAAGACAGAGCCUCAGCGUGGACGACCUACGGAAUGCAGAACAGGUGUCUAGAGAAACCAGAGAGCGAAAUGCACACGUGAAACGGGCUUUUGCUCAUCUCGGACCGCAGGGGUGGAAGAACAUUCGCAGCCUCUGGAGCACAAGAAAACUGGCCUGGAGCUUCUUCCUAAUCAUGGUCCUCUGGGGCAUGGUUGGCAUGGCAAAUCCCAUCUACAACAGCUUCCUGCCAGUAUACCUGAAGAUCCACGGUGCUGCAGCGGGGGACGGCAGCACGGCGACCACCUAUCGUAACCUGGUUGUUACCAUUGCAUGUACCAUUCCCGGCACGAUCUUGUCAGGAUACCUAAUCACCUUGAAGAGAGUGGGAAGAAAAGGCACGCUUGGUAUUUCACUACUUCUUACCGGAGCCUUCCUCUUCGCUUUUACUUCGGCACGGACCGAAGGAACAAUCCUCGCCUUCAACUGCAUCAUAUCCUUUACUCAAUUCAUGUAA